AAAAAAAUAUAUAUUCACAUUACUUCUUCUCUCAAUAACUUAGUCUUUUUUUUUUGUUUUGUUUUCUUUUGAAACCUCUCUCUCAUGGAGAAUACAAUGUCGGUGCUAGCCAAGACUGACUCGGAAGUGAGCAGCCAAACUCAGUCAUCCCCGUCCCGAUCUCCGAGUCGAGGCCGGCCAGUCUACUACGUCCAGAGCCCAUCUCGUGACUCGUCCAACGAUGGCGAAAAGACGACCAACUCAUUCAACUCGAGCCCAGUACUCAGUCCAAUGGGGUCGCCGCCGCACUCUCACUCCAACUCCUCACUCGGUCCGCACUCCCGGGAGUCCUCCUCCACUCGAUUCUCUGGCUCCCGAAAACACAACAGCUCCGGCGGCUCCAACAGAAAAGGCUCGAGCUGGAAGCCAUGGAAGGACCAGUUCGAUGCCAUUGAAGAAGAAGGGCUUCUUGAUGAUGAUGCUAACUCUCGUGGUCUCUCUCGUCGCUCUUACUUCAUGGCUUUCAUCGUUGGCUUUUUAGUACUCUUCUCUCUCUUUUCGUUGAUUCUUUGGGGUGCAAGUCAGCCUCAGAGACCUACUAUUACUAUGAAGAGCAUUGUGUUCGAUCAAUUUGUGAUCCAAGCGGGUACGGACCACUCAGGAGUGGCAACUGAAUUAGUGUCCAUGAAUUCGACAGUGAAGUUCACAUUUCGUAACACUGCUACAUUUUUUGGGGUCCAUGUGACUUCAACUCCUCUAGAUCUCUCCUAUUCUACACUCACCGUAGCCACUGGAACCAUAAAAAAGUUUUACCAGUCAAGAAAGAGUCAAAGAUCGGUUAUGGUAACGAUGAAAGGAAGUAAUAUUCCAUUGUAUGGAGGAGGAGCAAGCUUGGGAAGCAUCAAUGGUGGACCGAUUCAACCAGUGCCCCUCACACUCAACUUCAUGGUUCGGUCAAGAGCUUAUGUGUUGGGAAAACUGGUGAAGCCCAAGUUCUAUAAGAGGAUCCAGUGUUCUGUGGUUAUGGAUUCCAAGAAAAUGAACUCAGCCUUGACCCUCAAGAACAAGUGCACUUACCAGUGACUUAAGCUAUAUAUACCUAUAUAAAUAAUAUAAUAUAAUAUUCUCAGUUUUCUCUAUUGUCAUGGAUUGAAAUUUUGAGUUUGUACAUCGAUUCUCUUUCUCUCACUCUCUCAUUAUGGACGUUUUUUAUUUUUUUAUUAUAGAAAAAGCUUAUAUAAUUUGGAGUAUAAAAGAAAUGGUA